AUGUUCAGUGCCGCCCACCGCUCCCUUCCGCUCUUGCCCAACUCUUCGCAUACUCUCGGAUUCUUCUACCACAAUACCAGACCGUCAUCGUAUCCCUCGACUCUACUCGCACCAUACGGGCACCGCAUCGCUCGUCCCUACUCCAGCUUCAUGUCUCGCCAAUUCAGCGCAGAUUUCUCACGUUCCGCUAGACGAGCAGACUCUGUCCAUCCCCUCACCCACCGCAAGAGCCUGCAGGCAAAGCUGCAGAGCACGCCCGGCCGUACCAGCCCGUACGCCCGCACCGGCGCAUUUAAGUCGGGCCCUCCUUCGCGCUCAGGCUCGAGCGUAGGAGGCUCACCGCGUCCCCUUUUUCAGUCCGACAACGAACUAUCCAGCUCCACAGACGACGACGACGACCUAGGCUCCAAACACUUUCCCGGCAUCAAACUGCCCGUACCCACUCUCGCCAUGUCCUCCCGAAAGGCACCCAGAAACCAAAACACAAAGAAGCCCUCCAAGGUCUACUCGACCAAGAAGGAUCGCGCACGCGGCGAACGCAAGGCCAGCGUUCGCAAGGAGCGCUUCGACGAGCUCGACACCGACUCGGACCUCACCGACGUCCCCUCGGAUGACGACGCCCAAGACGAUGCUUCCGUCGCCGGUCCCUCCUAUUCGAGCCUGAACAAGGGCAAGGCAAGGAGCGUCGACAGCGAUGACGACCUCGAGUCGGACUCGGAUACCGAGAUGGAGCGCAAGCUCGCCGAGGCGGGCGAUGGCGAGUCGCUGCUCGGCAGCGGCGCUUCCGGCGAAGACACCGAGGAGGAAGAGGAGCGCUUCAUCAUCCAGGACGCCCUCGACCGCGAAUCCAAGGCCAAGGCGCGCUUGCAACAUCGCGACCCCACCGACCGAUCGCGCCAUGCUGGCGACCGCAACUGGGCCAGCAAGGGUGAUCUGCAGCACCGCGCUCGCUCCAUGGCGAUACGCCGGGCUAACGGCGACGGCCAGACCGGCGAGGCUGGCGAUGACGCCGAAGCCGACGACGAAGACGGCGAUCAAGAUGACGAUGGCGAUGAUGCCGACCUGCUUUCCAUGUCGCCCGACACGCUGCGCAUGUACGGCCUCCCCGUCAUCGACGAUGAGCUCUUCGAACAGCAAGAGGCUUUCAACUCGUCCUCCGAGCCUUCCUUCACCGACUUUUUCGAAACCUCCACCGACAGCGAGACGGGCGCGCCCGACACGCAGAACGAGAUCGGCGACGACGACGACGAAUUCACCACCGACUCGGACGAAGACCGAGACAUCAGCGACCUCGAAGGCGGCCUGCUCGAUGCGCCGCUCAUCGCCCACAUUGGCACUGGCAGCGCCGACCAGACCGUCGCCACGUCGGAAGGUGCCGAGGACGGCUCGGACCUGCCCAAGCCCGAAAUGCCGCUGCUCGUCAUCGAGGAUCUCGACGGCCGUCUCAUCUACGCCAGGGCUGGCGACGGUGAGGCCGUCUUUGGCUCGGACGGCGAGUUCGAGUUUGUCGACGACAGCGACGACGACAGCGCCGAUUGGGAGUUCGACCAGGGCGGCAACCGACUCUGGUCUGGCGCCGGCAGUCAUGCCGGCUUCCUGACUGUGCCCGACGACGACGGCGACACCACGGAUGAGCUUCCGGACGAAGACAUGCCGUAUCCGCGUCUGCUUGUCGGCUCCGUCGCGCCUCGUGGCGGACGCAACGCGCGACGUGCGCGUGCCAUGGCCACCAACUCGCGCCGCCUUUCGCCUGCUGCCAGCAGCAACAUGCCUUCGCCUUCGGCGCUGCAACACGCCCCCGCCGCGGCGACGUCGGACUCGAGCGCAAAUGGCAAGCAUUCCAGCGGAUCGGGAGCCUCGCCCGUGUCAUCGGACGAGCAGGCUGCCAACGAGGUCGGCAUCACCAUCUCGACCGAAGACCUGGCGCGCGAUCCUGAAGGCACCCUCCGGGCUGCCGCAGCCGCGCUGGGAGUCACGAUUCAGGAAGCCGCCGACAUGGUGGCUGGUGUGCAGGUGCCUGCGAUCGCCGGCCAACCCGCCGACGGCACCGAUAGCUCCGCUAGCAGCUCCGUGCAUGCCGACGGCAAGAUGAUGGCACCCAAGACACCGGAUCAGCGCCAGACGAAUGUGGCCAAGCCUCAGAUGGGAAGCUUCAUGCCCACGUCGGCCAAGUCGGUGCACCGAGCCGUGAUUGACGGUUCGCGCAAGGCGCCAUCUCCGUUCUCGGGCAAGAGGAGCCUGGAAAAGAAGGGUCUCGCCAAGAAGCGCAGCGCCGGACGCAGGAGCUCGCUGAUGGACGAGGGCUUCUCUGCCAAGCGUCUGCGACGAUUCUCGUCGGCCAACGACGCUGCCUCGGCGCUGGACGAGUACAGCGAGUUGGCACCAUCGUCGCCCGAGCCGGUGGCCGAGGUGGAUCCGAUGGAGCUGGACGACGUGGUGGAUGCGAGCAUGAUCUGGCGCGGCGCUGGCUCCAAGUCGCCGUCGCCGGAAGCGCCGGACGCGGAGCGACGCCCGUCGAUGCGCGCCUCGCGCAAGUCGUCGUCGUCUGCACCUGGUCUCAACCUCAACGCGUUUGCACGAUGGAACAAGAUCCCCAUGGGCUCGUUCCGCGAUUCGCAGGCUGCGCCGGUGCCGUCUCAAAACGCGUUCCAGCAGCAGCAUCAGCAUCAACAGCCGCUGGGGACGUUCCUGCUCACGCGCUCGCAAGGCCAGUCGGGAAGCAGCCGACGCACCAACUCGCCGUUCCGCUCGAGCUCGAAUGCCGUGCGCCAUCCCGAGAUGUUCUCGAUCAGUCCUCUGCGCCAGCCGCACCAGGAGGUAGAGCAGCCUUUGGAAGCGGGCCGCUCGAGCGACAGCACGCCCGGUCGACGACGUUCGUUUAUCAUCUCGCCCGUGCUGUUCCCGACGCGCGGCGGCGAGAUUCCUCCGCCGUCGUCGAGCCCGUACACUGCGCAUACGCCGACGUACAGCCAGGUGGCGGCGAUGCGUCUGGGCGGCAGCGGUGCGGCGGGCGAUGCAGCCAGUGUGGCUUCCAACACCAGCGCCGGUCCUGGGCGCAUCACGCGUCGCGAGAAGCGCGAGAAGCGGGCGCGACGCGCGGCGUUGCUGGCUGCGCAGGAGAAUGGCGAGGUGGGCUCGCCGCAGGAUGGCGACGAGCGCCGGACGGUGUCGGCAUCGCCGAUGCCCUCGACGCCACUGCUGCAGCUGUCGAACCUGCCGGAAGGCAGCGGCGGCGGAUACGAGGAGGGCGACUCACCCGCGACGGCGUUCCCGCGGAUGCGCAUCACUGAUGCCACACCCACGCCGCGCGGCUCGCCAGCUCCGUUCGGCCCCGCAGCGCCAGGAAAGGAUCUGCUCCAGUCGGGCGAUGCACCGAGCCUCGCACCUCCCACGAGCAGCCAGUUCCUGCCCGAGGCCGAGCUGGAUGCGACCCCCACGCCGUCGAUGCCCAGCAGGGCUGCGGCCAAGGACGAUGGCGCGAGUGCCACUGCGAUGCUGCCGUCGUCGGCGUGCAAGACGCCCCUGCACUCGCCGCUGUUCGGAGGCAUCUUUGGCGGCGCACUCAACUACGAUCUCGAGGACAAGGAUGCCGAGCAGCUGCGCAUCUAG